AUGAUUUCACUCUCUGACAACGAAGAAGCAAACAUCCGUUCGGAACGACCUUUAUUUAACCACGACCUGGAAGAAGAAGAGGACCAACGUAGCAGAGGUGGCAGUGGUAGAGGUAGCAUUGGAGGAUUGGCUCAAUACGGACGUAGCUCUCUGGGUGGAAGUGGACAAGUGGCUCCUUCGGUGCCUUCCCUUGUGGAUCCAUCCGGAAUCAAGACUUCAUUUUCCAAGUUUUUGCAAGAGUGUGUGUUGGGAUCGGAACAGCUGAAACAAACUAUUUCUCUGACGAAUACAUUUAAAUUAGAUGCUGCUCUUUUGAAACAGCACGAUGAAAAGUUGUAUCAUGUUUUGGUUCAAUAUCCCGAGACAGUCAUUUCAAUUUUUGAUGUAGUGAUGAGUGAAGAAUGGCACAAGAGUCAGGGAGAAGACUGUACAAUUACAAUAACUGUAAAUCUUGAUACAUUUAAACCUAUGAGAGCACUCAAUCCGACCGAUAUUGAUCGACUUGUUGGAAUUCAAGGAAUGGUCACUAGACUGAGUGAAAUUAUUCCCGACAUGAGAGGAGCCUACUUUAAAUGUUCGGGAUGUAGUGCCUCCAAGUAUGUACCACUCACUCAAGGACGAGUGAAAGAGCCACCCAAGUGUACGAGUGAUACUUGUUCGGGCUCAUCUUGGAUACUCAUUCACAACCGUUGCCAAUUUUAUGACAAACAAGUCAUCAAAAUUCAAGAAACACCAGAGAGCAUUCCUGAGGGUGAAACACCACAUACAGUGAAUUUGUGUGUUUUUGACUCGUUAACAGAUAGUGUCAAACCGGGUGACAGAGUUAAAGUGACAGCCAUUUAUAGAGCCAUUCCAAUCCGUAUCAGCUCGAAACAGCGCAAAGUCAAGAAUAUUUUCAAGACCUAUUUGGACGUUUUGGGAUUUGAAAAGCUUGGAAUUAGUAUCAUGAAUGGAGAAUUAGCAUCAACAACAAGUAACAACUCGGCAUCUCUUGAAGAAGCUGAUGAGGAGGAACAAUUAGCAAAAGUGAUGAAUAUUUCUCCUCAGGAAGAGAUGGAAAUCAAAGAACUCGCACGGGACCCAAAUAUUUACCAGAAAUUGCAAAAUUCCAUUGCACCUGGAGUUUUUGAAUUGUCGAGUGUCAAGAAGGGUAUUCUAUGCCUUCUCUUUGGAGGUACGAACAAAAAGAUACCGAAUGGCCAAUUAAGAGGAGAAAUUCAUAUUUUGUUGUGUGGUGACCCAGGUGUGAGCAAGUCUCAACUCUUAAUUCAAGUUCACAAAAUUGCUCCGAGAGGAAUUUAUACAUCAGGUAAAGGAAGUUCAGCUGUCGGUUUGACUGCAUACGUCACCAAAGAUCCAGAUUCUGGCGACAUGGUCCUAGAGAGCGGUGCUUUGGUGUUGUCUGAUCUUGGUGUUUGUUGCAUUGAUGAGUUUGACAAAAUGUCAGACCAAACUCGAUCAGUUUUGCACGAAGUUAUGGAACAAUGUACAGUUUCAGUUGCAAAGGCUGGUAUUAUUUGUACUCUCAAUGCAAGAACUUCAAUAUUGGCAGCUGCUAACCCUAAAGAGUCAAGAUAUAACUCCAAUCUCUCCAUUGUGGAGAAUAUUCAACUUCCACCAACCCUUCUCUCUCGUUUCGAUUUAAUUUUCCUUUUGCAUGACGUACCUGACAGAGAUCAGGAUGAAAAACUUGCCAAGCACAUUAUUUCUCUUCACUUUGACGUGCCCACCGAUUAUUCCACAAAUAUUAUUCCAAAAGAUCUUUUAGCAAAAUAUAUUGCCUAUGCCAGGAAUAAGGUACAUCCUGUCAUUAUUGAUGAAGUGAAACCAUAUCUCAUUGAGGGAUAUUUAGGACUUCGAAAAUUUGGCUCUCACAAAAAGAAUAUCACAGCCACAACUCGACAAUUGGAAUCUUUAAUACGUUUGUCGGAAAGUUUGGCAAGAAUGAAGUUAAAACCAACAGUGCAACGAGAAGAUGUUGAGGAAGCUCUUCGACUCGUUCGAGAAUCUAUUUUUAAGGCAGCAUUUGAUCCCAAAACAGGUACCAUUGAUAUUGAUUUGCUGCAAACAGGACGCUCUUCGGCAGAGAGAGACAUGGAAGAUUUGAAUGACGACGAAGCAUUUGGAAUGGAGGAUGAAUUGUAA